UUUAGUUCCCUCACUCAUACACAGCCGGUUGUUUUACACCUCUGUUGCACCUCCACUCCGCUCCUGUGUCACACUUGUUUACUGCGACUUGAAAUGUGACUUUCACCACACUGGCUUUUCUGCUGCUCUUUGACAAGCGAAGGGAUUCUUUUUAAUGCACACCCCAGCAGUCGUGUUUGGCAAUUUGGGGACAAGCUGUGGAGAGAACCGUUCUGCCAUGAUAGUGGAUUUGUUUGCGCUCCUUGGCGUGCUGGUCAUCACUUGUUCAGGGAUGGAAGAAACCGUGAUGGACACUCGAGUGGCCACAGCUGAACUGGGCUGGACCGCGUAUCCUAACUCUGGGUGGGAGGAGGUCAGCGGCUAUGACGAGAACCUCAACACCAUCAGGACGUACCAGGUGUGCAACGUCUUUGAGCCCAGUCAAAACAACUGGCUCCUUACCACAUUCAUUGAUCGACGUGGAGCGCAGCGGAUCUACGUGGAGAUCCGCUUCACGGUCCGCGACUGCAGCUCCAUCCCUAACGUGCCGGGCUCCUGCAAGGAGACCUUUAACCUGUACUACUACGAAAGCGAUGCGGUCAUCGCCACUAAAGGCACCGCUUUCUGGAUGGAGGCGCCCUACCUCAAGGUGGACACCAUCGCUGCAGAUGAGAGCUUCUCGCAGGUGGACUUUGGAGGACGCCUCAUGAAAGUCAACACUGAGGUCCGCAGCUUUGGGCCUCUUUCUAAAAACGGCUUCUACUUGGCCUUCCAGGACUACGGUGCCUGCAUGUCUUUGCUGUCAGUCAGGGUGUUUUAUAAGAAGUGCCCGAGCGUGGUCCAGAACUUUGCGAUUUUUCCAGAGACGAUGACAGGUGCUGAAAGCACCUCACUUGUUAUUUCAAGAGGGAUUUGCAUUUCAAACUCAGAGGAAGUGGAUGUUCCCAUAAAGCUGUACUGUAAUGGUGAUGGGGAGUGGAUGGUUCCAAUUGGCAGCUGCACGUGCAAGGCAGGCUUUGAACCAGACAAUGGCAACGUGUGUCGAGCAUGCCCGCCUGGUACCUUCAAGUCCACUCAGGGUCCCGGUCUUUGUCUACAGUGUCCUCCGAACAGCCGCUCAACUGCUGAGGCUGCCACCGUCUGCGUAUGUCGCAAUGGAUAUUACCGUGGCGAUGCGGAUCAGCCGGACGAACCCUGCACCAGUGUCCCUUCUAGCCCAAGAAAUGUCAUUUCCAUCGUGAAUGAGACCUCUGUGAUACUGGAGUGGCAUUCUCCCAGGGAGACGGGCGGCAGGGACGAUGUCGUUUACAACAUCCUGUGCAAAAAGUGUCAGGCCAACCGGCUUGCCUGCUCCCACUGUGACGACAAUGUGGAAUUUGUCCCUCGUCAGCUGGGUCUGACCGAGACCAGGGUGUUCAUCAGCAACCUUUUGGCGCACACUCUCUACAGCUUUGAGAUACAGGCUGUUAACGGUGUCAGCAAUAAAAGCCCUUAUCCGUCACAGCAUGUGUCCAUAGACAUCACCACCAACCAGGCUGCUCCUUCCAUCGUUCCCAUCAUGCACCAGAUCAGCUCCACUAUGAAUAGCUUCACACUGUCAUGGCCGCAACCAGAACAGCCCAAUGGUAUCAUACUGGACUAUGAGCUCCGUUACCAUGAGAAGGACCAUGCAGAGAUUAACUCCACCAUCCUGCGGAGCCAAACUAACACGGUACGCGUGGACGGCCUGCGCUCAGGCACAGUGUACGUGGUGCAGGUGCGGGCACGGACUGUGGCUGGUUUUGGCAAAUACAGCAGCAAGAUGUGCUUUCAAACACUCACAGAUGAUGACUUCAAAUCGGAGCUGAGGGAACAACUUCCCCUAAUUGCGGGGUCAGCGGCGGCAGGAGUGGUCUUCAUUGUUUCUCUUGUGGCCAUCUCCAUUGUGUGCAGCAGGAAAAGGGCCUACACUAAAGAGGCCGUCUACAGUGACAAGCUGCAGCAUUACAGCACAGGAAGAGAACUCUCUUUGCGAGCCGACAUGUCUAACUGCCCCUCCCCACUGGGCUGCCCGACCCACUUCUCAGGCUCCCCCGGGAUGAAGAUCUACAUUGACCCCUUUACAUACGAGGACCCCAACGAAGCCGUGCACGAGUUUGCCAAGGAGAUUGAUGUCUCCACUGUAAAAAUCGAGGAGGUCAUCGGUGCAGGUGAGUUUGGGGAGGUAUACAAGGGCCGCCUGAAGCUGCCCAGUAAGAGGGAGAUCUUCGUCGCCAUCAAAACACUGAAGGCAGGCUACGUCGAGAAGCAGAGACGUGACUUCCUCUCCGAGGCGUCUAUCAUGGGUCAGUUUGACCAUCCCAACAUCAUCCGCCUGGAGGGGGUGGUUACCAAAAGCCGUCCUGUCAUGAUCGUCACAGAGUUUAUGGAGAACGGAGCCCUCGAUUCCUUCCUAAGGCAAAACGAUGGUCAGUUCACAGUGAUCCAGUUGGUCGGAAUGAUGCGAGGGAUCUCGGCCGGCAUGAAAUAUCUCUCUGAGAUGAACUACGUGCACCGAGACUUGGCAGCACGCAACAUCCUGGUGAACAGCAAUCUGGUGUGUAAAGUGUCAGAUUUCGGCCUGUCGCGCUACCUGCAGGAGGACACCUCUGAUCCCAGCUACACCAGUUCUUUGGGUGGUAAGAUCCCUGUGAGGUGGACCGCACCGGAGGCCAUCGCUUACAGGAAGUUCACCUCGGCCAGCGACGUGUGGAGCUACGGCAUCGUCAUGUGGGAAGUGAUGUCAUUUGGAGAGCGGCCGUACUGGGACAUGUCCAAUCAGGAUGUGAUUAACGCCAUCGAGCAGGACUACCGUCUGCCUCCGCCCAUGGACUGCCCCAGCGCGCUACACCAGCUCAUGCUGGACUGUUGGCAGAAGGACCGUAACGUCCGCCCCCGCUUCACAGACAUCGUCAGCACCCUGGACAAGAUGAUCCGUAACCCCACCAGCCUCAAAGCUGUCGCCAACAUCCCUGCAGUGCCUUCUCAGCCACUGUUGGACAGAUCCAUCCCUGACUUCAACACCUUCAGCUCAGUCGAAGACUGGCUCAGUGCCAUCAAGAUGAGCCAGUACAGAGACAACUUCCUCAACUCAGGCUUUACUUCCCUACAGCUGGUGGCUCAGAUGACCUCAGAGGACUUGCUGCGGAUAGGCGUGACCUUAGCGGGCCACCAGAAGAAGAUCCUCAGUAACAUCCAGUCCAUGAGGGUGCAGAUGAGCCAGUCCCCUACCACGAUGGCAUGACUACAGGGGGCGCUGUGCCACGGAGCGGGCAGCAUUCGGAGGACUACCACUACCACUACCAACAACAACAACGGCCCUCGAAUGACCCCCGAUCCAUCGGAACGCGCCAGAGUGGAGACUGUUGUCUUAAUUUGAUUCCUAUGAGGAGACCAGGGUCUACACUUGCAAAAUCCACACGGAGGAGUUCAGGGUCCAGACUUUGAAACUGUUGUGCUUGGACUUCCUGGACCAAGUUACGUUGUACCUCUAUGUUAUCCGGACUUGCAGAUGAUGCUUGGUGUGGGACAUCUUAUAAAUCAACACGUCUGUGAUUUGAACCCAUGUGUGCAAUGAAGAUGCCUUGACCUGGCCAGAAAUUAAGUGGUAGAAUACUAAAGUAGUAGGAGUAAGAAUACAGGGAUGUACAGUGGAACUGUUUACAUCAUUUAUUUCCAUUUGCAGUCACAUUUUAUGUCGUUAUUUUUUUAUUUGGCUCCCCUUUUUUUUGCAUUUAACACUACCUGUGUAGAGCCGUGGUUGGGAGGUCAGAGAAUAUAAAUAUGUUUAUCUCUUGUUAAAUAUAUCUUUCAUAAUAGACCUUCAUAUUGAAGGUGAUGCUCAUCAAUAUGUAUGUACAGGAGUCUCUGCUUGCAUUUUUGGCGAAGACUAGACAGACACACGCAAUGUGUAGCUUCCCUAAGGUGGCCUGGAUUCAAUUUUCCGAUGGACUUUUGCGGUUGUAUGUCUUCUAAAUCCAGGGUCACCCCUCGACUGAACCUUUACUUGAUGUACAUGUACAAAGAAUCUAAAGUAUUGUAGAGCUACAUGAUAAUUGCUGUGUAGGAGUUGAGCUAAGAAUUAUUAUCGGAGAUCAUGUUUAAAUGUGCACAUGCCGUCUCUUUUGCUGGUGAGCACUUACUUGUACAGUUUUAUGCUUUUAUUCCUCGUAUUUGUUAGAAGUGCAACCCAUCCACAGCAGAAGGCACCACUCUUCGUCCUCCUCCUCCUCCUCGUCGGCGGCAGGCUUCAAAUUCAUGCUUCUAUUUCAGACUCCAGAGAGGCUUUACACGCGCAUAAAAACCGGUCUGUAAAGUUCCGUCGGGGGGAGGAAGAAGACCAUGAUUGACAGAAAUCCACUCACAACCUCACACCAUUCUAUGGUACACAACGGAUCAACAUAUUUGUUUAUUUGUGUAUGCAAGGACAAGAUAUUGUGUGUGUGCACAGCCUGAAAAUGUACAGACAUUUCUAUGGGCACAGGUACAUUGUAUGAAUGUGAAUGUCUCCCUUUUGUUUCUGUAUAGCCCCCCCCCCUCUCCGCCCACAUGUAAAUUGUGAAAAAGUACAUGUCAAAGAGUUUGUAAGCUGUGACUUUCUGAAAACUGUUGUACUAAAAUGCACAUAAUAAACGCCUUGACAAAACAAGUCAAUCUUUUAAUAGUCU